GCGCAUAUAACGGUCCCGACCGGCGGCGGUCCGUCCGCUCUGCAGUCCCGCUCCGCGCGCGCGCCUCCCUCACACUCAGCAGCAGCCGCAGACUCUCCGCGAUGGCCGAACAGGUGGUCUUCGACAAGCCGAAGGUUGAACUACAUGUGCACCUUGACGGAGCCAUCAGAGUCCAAACUAUUGUUGAUAUUGCAAAGAGACGCGGCAUCAAUCUGCCAGCACAAACCGCCGAGGGCAUGACCAGGAGGAUAUGUCUUGAGGAGCCUGCCACCCUCACUGUGUUCCUGAGCAAGUUUAAUGAGUACAUGCACGUCAUAGCGGGGGACAGAGAAGCCAUAAAGAGGAUAGCCUACGAGUUUGUGGAAGACAAAGCCAAGGAGAAAGUGAUUUAUGUUGAAGUCAGAUACAGCCCGCAUCUCCUCGCCAACACGAAAGUGAAGCCUAUUCCAUGGAACCAGCAGGAAGGCGACUUGAGCCCAGACGAGGUGGUGCACCUGGUUAACGAGGGCCUCAGGGAGGGCGAGAAGGCCUUCAAUAUCAAAGCCAGGUCCAUUCUAUGCUGCAUGCGCCACAUGCCAAGCUGGUCCAUGGAGGUUGCUGCACUAUGCAAGAAAUAUCAGCAUGAGGGAGUGGUUGCCAUCGAUCUGGCCGGCGAUGAGUCACUGAACUGUGAAGCCUAUCCAGAGCACAGGAAGGCCUACGAGGAAGCGGAGCGCUGUGGGAUCCACAGGACGGUGCACGCAGGAGAGGUGGGCCCAGCGACCGUGGUCAAGGAGGCCGUCGACGUGCUGAAAGCUGAACGUAUCGGCCACGGCUACAGAACUCUGUACGACCGGGACCUUUAUACAAAGCUGCGGGAGAAAAACAUGCAUUUUGAGAUGUGUCCUGUUUCCAGCAAGCUGACAGGUGCCUGCCAGCCAGACUUUACCAGACACCCCAUCAUCACGUUCAUGAAGGACAAAGCGAACUACUCCCUGAAUACAGAUGACCCGCUAAUCCUCAGUUCAACCCUGCACCUCGACUACCGUAUAGCACAGAACUUGAUGGGAUUCUCCGAGGAGGAAUUCAAACGAGUGAACAUCAACUCUGCAAAGUCCAGCUUCCUGCCGAAAGAAGAGAAGGAGGAGCUUUUGUACAGCCUGUAUGAGGCCUACGGGAUGGUCCAGAGCACCCCCUUCUAAAAUCUCUCUCCGAUCCGGAGGAGAAAACGUGACUUAACCCAGGAAGGAAACGAUGAUCUCUACCCGACACAACGGAACUUGUUUCUUUCAUUUGUAACCUCUCAUAAAGCCCAUAUAAUAUCAGACAUUGUCAUAUUUACCUCACAUUACCCGCGUGUCGCCAGCUUGUGUUUAGUCAACCAUCGAAGUACUUGCAUGCCUUAGUUUGCUCCUGGUGCUUUAAACGCAGGAGCUUCUCUUCAAGGUGCAGCGAUAUAGUCACGGUUCUGUUUUUGAAGCAGAUGCUUUUAUAUCGAAACUCCAGAUACAUUCUUUAUUUUGUGUUUACAUUUGUUUGUCAAAAAGGAAAAAAAAAAAAUCAGGGAAGCUUUAGAAGCUGAAUUCUUCAUGCUCACUCUCAAUGAGAUGUAGUGUUGUCAGCCUGAGAGGGGAGAGGUUGUUGUUCCUUCAGGCUGCUACGGCUCAAACCAACUACCGACAAGAAGUGUCACUUUACAGGUAAAACAAAGGGAUCAUCCUUUACAAAUACUCACGGAAACCGAAGCACUUUUCAGGUGAAAACAGCUCAAAACCAAAAUUAUUAUGUUCAAACACAAGGUGGCGCACUGCAGUCACAAAGCCAGACAAACCACUGAGGGCCUCACGUGGUUUUUGCAUCCUAUGACUCUGUUUUUCAUGUAUAUAUUUAUUUAAGGAAAAUUGUCAUAUCACUUACUCGAAACAAGCACUUCCAUUUAUAACUAACACAAAU